AUGUUACGGCGCUAUCAUUCUGAUCCUGCUCAUGUCGUGCCAGUCGCAGAAAUCGACGUUCAAACUGAUUUGACCUUCGAGGAAGAGCCUGUGCAGAUACUGGCUCGAGAUGUUAAGGUCCUCAGAAGAAAAUCUGUCCCAUUGGUGAAGGUGCUUCGGCGUAAUCAUGGAGAGAGGAAGCCAUUUGGGAGCCAGAGGAGGUGUCGCACUCCUUCGUGUUGGAUAGAGUUAGGCGAGCGGCAUGUUUUGGGCCCUGAGUUGGUUAAUUCGAGAUUAAUUCGAGAUAGAUUGAAUGCAGCAUUUGACAGACAGAAGUCAUAUACGGAUCUGAAACGUAAGGAAACUGAGUAUUCUGUGGGAGAUUUUGUCUUUCUGAAGGUCUCGCCACGGAAGAAGGUUAAAGCAUUGGAGAGAAUACGUGGUUUUGGUUCAAGAGGCGGCUACAAUUGUUUGAUUGGAAAUCCCCAGGCACAGAUGGAUCGAUGCGACAGAGGACUUGGUGGUGGCCACUCGACGUAG